UAAGUUUAGCAUCCUCUACUCCUCUCUAUCAAGGAAAUCAGUUCUCUUCAUCUCUUCAAAACCUUCCACAUACCUUGUUACUGUUUCUCUGUUUCUUCCAUUGAAAUUCAGAGAGAGAGAGAGAGAGAGAGAGAGAGAGAUGACUACAGAUUGGGGACCGGUGGUCGUGGCGGUGGUGUUGUUCAUACUACUUUCACCUGGGCUACUGUUUCAGUUACCAGCAAGGACAAGGGUUGUGGAGUUUGGAAACAUGUACACCAGUGGGAUUUCAAUUCUAGUUCAUGCUAUUAUAUACUUCUGUAUAUAUACUAUCUUGGUUAUUGCAAUUGGUGUUCACAUACUUGCCCCUUAAAUAUUGAUUCAUUUUCAUGA